AAAGCACCUGUUCAGUUCAUUUCCAAACUCAAAGGCUAGCAGAAUGUUAUUCGCCAUAAAACCGGCUAUCUUCAUUUGUCUUUUACUAGGCCUGGCUUUAAACCAAGUUAGUGCACAUUGCUCUGGAGAUUGCCCCGAAACGGAGGAUGUAGUUUGGGCCCUUGGAGGCGGUUGCAGUGUUUUUCGCAAUAAAUGCUACUUUGAUCAGGAGAACUGCCAUCGCAAGCCAGCAUUGACCAUCGCAACUAAGGAAGAGUGCCAAAAGCAAUGUGCCGACAUUUGCCCCGCCAUUUACCAACCGGUAAGUGGAACGUAUAAGGGUGAACUUCGCAACUUUGGAAAUGAGUGCGAAAAGAGGGCUCACACUUGUCGAACUGGCGAAACGUUUCUGUAAAAUAAGCAGCAAAGAACUGGAAAAUAAAAAAAUAAAUGGAAUAACUUGGUUAUGACUUGGUUAUUUCCUUAAAGUA